UGGGGGCGGGCCCAGUGACACGCCGCCCCGUCCUCGUGGCCUGAUCGGCUCCUCCCGUUGGCGGCUGUCCCCGCCUGUCUCCUCCUUCGCGGAGAGAAGAGGCCGCGGUUAUCCAAAAGAUGAAGAUAAGCUGGUCAGCGUAUGACACAUUUGAGGCGAAUUUCAAACCACUUGUGGUAGUUGAGCUUGCAAAAGACACCAAAGAUGAAACGAAAGAAUGGCUGACACAAAAGAUAAUAGAAAAGAAGAAAAAUGGAGGAGCCCAGCUUUUGGUGAAACCCUUGAUGGCAGAUGGGAAGAAAAUAGAAGGGAACCAGAAUAUUUAUCUUGUUGGAGCAUCUCACCUGAGGCUGCUUCUGGGAGCUGAAACAGUGGGGUUGGUGAAAGAAUGUAAUGAUAACACAAUGAGAGCCUUUACAUAUACCGCUAGAAAAACCUUCAAAGAUUUUGCAGAGGACAAUCAUGAUUUCCUUACAAUGGCAGAGUGUCAGUACAUCAUCAAACAUGAACUUGAAAACCUGAGAGCCAAAGAUGAAAAAAUGAUCCCAGGUUAUCCUCAGGCAAAGCUUUAUCCGGGAAAGUCAAUUAUGCGAAGGCUAAUAUCCAAUGGUAUUCUACUUCAGAUUUUUCCACUUCAUGACCCAGAAGAACUAAAGAAACUUGGACAUACCUGGUACAAAAAAUUGAAAAUUAGCUACCAGCCUUUAGAUGACAUUCGCUGCUAUUUUGGCGAAACCAUUGCUUUCUAUUUUGCCUUUUUGGAGUACAUCACAUUUGCUUUGGUUCCAAUGGCUAUCAUUGGGAUUCCUUACUAUAUCUUUGAUUGGGAAGAUUAUGACAAGUAUGUGCUGUUUGCAGGAUUCAACCUGGUUUGGUCUGCUAUUCUCCUUGAACUCUGGAAGCGGUGUUGUGCUCUCAUGGCCUACAGGUGGGGGACACUUGUGAUGAAGCGACAGUUUGAGGAGCCCAGGCCAGGGUUUCAUGGAGUUUUAGGCAUUAAUCCCGUGACGGGGAGAGAGGAGCCGGUAUACUCUAGCUUCAAAAGACAGUUACGAAUUUAUUUGGUCUCCUUACCAUUUGUGUGCCUUUGCCUCUACUUCUCACUUUAUGUCAUGAUGGUUUACUUUGAAUUGGAAUACCAGGCGCAUUUAUAUCAUGAAGAGAACCAAUCGGAAUUAAGCAGCUUAAUAUUAUAUGUGCCCAGCAUAAUUUAUGCUGUUGUGAUUGAAGUUCUGAACCGCAUCUAUAGAUACGCUGCAGAGUUUUUAACCUCAUGGGAAAACCAUAGAUUGGAGUCUUCAUACCAGAAUCACUUAGUUCUGAAAGUCCUGGUGUUCAACUUUUUAAAUUGCUUUGCAUCGUUAUUCUACAUUGCUUUUGUCAUGUUUGAUAUGAAACUUUUGAGACAGAGCUUGGCAACUUUGCUGAUAACUUCCCAAGUCCUUAAUCAAUGUGUAGAAGCUGUGCUGCCUUAUUGGCUCCAAAAGAGGCGGACCAAGAGUGUGAAGAAAAAGGUGAAAGCUUUGGAUAUAGAUACCGACCUGACUUUGCUUGAGCAAGUUAAUCUGGAAAAAGGGAUGGAUACCUAUCCGGGUACUUUUGAUGAUUAUUUGGAGUUGUUCUUGCAGUUUGGCUAUGUGAGCCUUUUUUCAUGCGUCUACCCUUUGGCAGCUGUUUUUGCAGUGCUCAACAACAUCACAGAGAUGUAUUCUGAUGCCUUAAAAAUGUGCAGGAUCUUUAAACGCCCAUUUUCAGAGCCUGCUGCAAAUAUUGGUGUAUGGCAGUUGGCUUUUCAAACUAUGACUGUCAUAUCAGUGGUUACCAAUUGUGUCCUUAUUGGCAUGUCACCUCAAGUGAAUGGACUUUUCCCAGAAUCAAAAAUCGAGCUUAUCCUAAUUGUAGUGUUGGCAGAGCAUUUAGCACUAGCUGUGAAAUUUCUUAUGGCAUACGCGAUUGCUGAUAAACCACGAGACAUCCAGAUAAAAUUGGCAAGGCUUGAAUUUGAAUCUCUGGAGGCACUCAAACAGCAGCAAAUGAAGUUGGUGGCAGAGUCCCUGAAAGAAAAAGCAAACUAGGAUGCUAAACAGAGCAGCUGUGGAAAGAUAAAGACUACACGAGAAUUAACAGCCAGGCAUGCAUGGUAUUUGUACUACGUUCUAGCACUCCGUAAUAUAGCAUUACCUAUCCUUAUUCACCACUAAAAGUCUCAUUGAAAGAAUAUGAUUAUUUAUUUCCCCCCUCCGCAUACGCUGCCUGUGCCAGCUCUGGUUUACCAUCUAAAUAGCACCAAUGUGAGGCAGCAAUACUUAAUGCACAGCUUCAUAUCCCCCAAAGCAGUUGAGCAAUUGCAUCCUUCUGCUAGAAUAUCUAGUCAUCAUUAUUUUCUGUAAGCGGCUUAUUAGAUGGUUCCCAGCAUUUAUGAAGGAAUUAAUCCAAGUCUUGUUUACUGUAAAAUGUGAUGUACAAAUCUGUCCUAUAGGACCAAUCCAGCCCAAGGUUUUGGAUCUUUUUCAAGAAAAAAAAAUGUGUACUGUAAAAUGUAUGAGACUGAGUAUUACAAUAUUUUAAGCUUAAAACCUGUGCCUUGUCAAGUUAUUAAUUUUAAGGAGCUGGGCAGGGAAGAAUUCAGCAUGCAGCGAAGCUCACUCAACGUGAUGCAUCCUCACUGAGAUGUACAAAUUUAACCCUGCUUGUAUAUUCUUUCUGCUCAUCAUUCACUUCCAUUUUGCCGGGUCAUGAGAUAUAGGCUGUAUUAUACAAUGGUUUUAUCUGACCAGCAGGAGAGCCAUUAAAAAUAUCUAAUCAUUGUGCAUCU